AUGCAGCAUGGCACCUUGGGCAGUAGCCGCUCCUCGGACAAGGGGCCAUCCUGGUCCAGCCGAUCCCUGGGUGCCCGCUGCCGGAACUCCAUCGCCUCCUGCCCCGAGGAACAGCCCCACGUGGGCAACUACCGCCUGCUGAGGACCAUCGGGAAGGGCAACUUUGCCAAAGUCAAGCUGGCCCGGCACAUCCUCACCGGCCGGCAGGUUGCCAUCAAAAUCAUCGACAAAACCCAGCUGAACCCCAGCAGCCUGCAGAAGCUGUUCCGAGAAGUUCGUAUCAUGAAGGGCCUAAACCACCCCAACAUCGUGAAACUCUUCGAAGUGAUCGAGACCGAGAAGACGCUGUACCUGGUGAUGGAAUAUGCAAGUGCUGGAGAAGUAUUCGACUACCUCGUGUCACAUGGCCGCAUGAAGGAGAAGGAAGCUCGAGCCAAGUUCCGACAGAUUGUAUCGGCUGUGCACUACUGUCACCAGAAAAACAUUGUCCACAGGGACCUGAAGGCCGAGAACCUCUUGCUGGACGCCGAGGCCAACAUCAAGAUCGCCGACUUUGGCUUCAGCAACGAGUUCACGCUGGGCUCGAAGCUGGACACGUUCUGCGGGAGCCCCCCGUACGCCGCCCCGGAGCUGUUCCAGGGCAAGAAGUACGACGGGCCGGAGGUGGACAUCUGGAGCCUGGGCGUCAUCCUGUACACCCUCGUCAGCGGCUCCCUGCCCUUCGACGGGCACAACCUCAAGGAGCUGCGGGAGCGAGUCCUCAGGGGGAAGUACCGGGUCCCUUUCUACAUGUCUACCGACUGUGAGAGCAUCCUGCGCAGAUUUUUGGUGCUGAACCCCGCUAAACGCUGUACUCUGGAGCAAAUCAUGAAAGACAAAUGGAUCAAUAUCGGCUAUGAGGGUGAGGAGUUGAAGCCAUACACAGAGCCGGAGGAGGACUUCGGGGACACCAAGCGAAUCGAGGUGAUGGUGGGUAUGGGCUACACUCGGGAAGAAAUCAAAGAGGCCUUGACCAGCCAGAAGUACAACGAAGUGACCGCCACCUACCUCCUGCUGGGCAGGAAGACUGAGGAGGGCGGGGACCGGGGCGCCCCAGCACUGGCCCUGGCAAGGGUGCGGGCGCCCAGCGACACCACCAACGGGACAAGCUCCGGCAAAGGCACCAGCCACAGCAAAGGGCAGCGGAGCUCCUCCUCCACCUACCACCGCCAGCGCAGGCACAGCGACUUCUGCGGCCCAUCCCCCACACCCCUGCACCCCAAGCGCAGCCCAACCAGCACGGGGGAGGCGGAGCUGAAGGAGGAGCGCCUGCCGAGCCGGAAGGCGAGCUGCAGUGCUGCGGGCAGCGGGAGCCGAGGGCUGCCCCCCUCCAGCCCGAUGGUCAGCAGUGCCCACAACCCCAACAAAGCAGAAAUCCCGGAGCGGCGGAAGGACAGCACGAGCACCCCUAACAACCUCCCUCCCAGCAUGAUGACCCGCAGGAACACCUACGUUUGCACGGAACGCCCAGGGGCUGAGCGCCCGUCCCUGUUGCCAAAUGGCAAAGAAAACAGGGUCUCAGACGAACCUGAGAGAAUCGGGGGACCUGAGGUCACAAGUUGCCAUCUACCUUGGGAUCAAACGGAAACCGCCCCCCGGCUGCUCCGAUUCCCCUGGAGUGUGAAGCUGACCAGCUCGCGCCCACCCGAGGCCCUGAUGGCAGCUCUGCGCCAGGCCACCGCGGCCGCCCGCUGCCGCUGCCGCCAGCCACAGCCGUUCCUGCUGGCCUGCCUGCACGGGGGUGCGGGCGGGCCCGAGCCCCUGUCCCACUUCGAAGUGGAGGUCUGCCAGCUGCCCCGGCCGGGCCUGCGGGGAGUUCUCUUCCGGCGCGUGGCAGGCACUGCCCUGGCCUUCCGCACCCUCGUCACCCGCAUCUCCAACGACCUCGAGCUCUGAGCCACGGCCCUGGGUCCUGUCCUCCCCCUCGUCUCCUUCACGUCUACAGGAGGAAAGGGGUCGGGGAGGGGGUCUCUCUGGUCAUCCUUCCAGCUGCCCUGACUUGGAUUUGGGGGCAAAGACUGUCUCCUCUGCUGUUCUCUGGGGAUGCAGGCACGAGAGGAGGGUGAGAGGGCUCAGCAGGGGGCGCCUUCAGCCAGUCCUGACCCUCCUCACCUGCAUCGGGCACCUGAGGAGACUUCGGGGCAGGUCAGGGGCCGGAGGAAAACUGAGGACACUUUUUCAUUCCUCCCAACAGUUCAAGAAUUAGGCCUUGGGCCGGGGCAGGAAGAGUUGCUGAGCCUAUAGACCUGCGAAUUUGGGGGCUGGGAGUGGGGAUCAGAGGCAGACUCCUUCCCUUUCCCUGCCCGUCGUGCUCGAACUCCCCUCCCCGCCCCAGGCCGGUGCGGGGCACUUUGUACAAAUCCUUGUAAAUACCCCCAAGCCCUCCCUCUGCAGAGAUCUCUCGAGGAGCUGCCGCUGUCGCCUCCGGUUUUUAAGUUAUUACACCCCCACCCUCCUCCUCUCGGCCCCUCACCUGCAGCCUGUUGUCCAAUAAACUUAGGGAAGUCCCCCUCCUCCACGCUGUCCCUGGGGUUUUCCUUCCCUGCCCUCAUCUACAUGUGAGGUGAAGAGGAGGGGUGUGACUGGGCCAGUGGUUUCUCCUUUCUGAGCCUCGGUUUUCUCAUCUGCAGAAUGGGAGUAGUGGGGGUAUGAGGGUCAAGGAUGAUUGUAGAACAGAAAGCCUCAUCCACAGGCCCCCAGUUCCUAGGUGGGACCCCCAUUCAUCCACUCACGCGCCCACCCACAUGUUAUACUGGACUCUCAGCCACUUCCUACUCCAGUAGUACAUUUAUUCAAUAAACAGUCAUUGAUCGGUGCCUA